ACGUUUCAAUCUUGCUGGUCAACGCAACCAAAGAAUGUUGAUCAUCUGCUGGUUUUUCAUCUAUGACGAUGGCUGGUUGCAGUUUACAUUCGGCGGGGGCCGGCUGGCUCUGGGGCACGGAAUCGCCACUGUGGUCCUUGGCUUAUCCCUUCCUAUCCCUUUUGGCUAUGAAUUUUCUCCAUUCGAAGGACGAUAUGUCAUAAUCUGAAUGGUUGGCGGCCAAGUGUCUGUAUGCAGUGAAGGCACUUUAGGGGCUGGGUGUGCCCUGAGAUUUGCGGCACAGCAUGAUCCUUCCAAGGACCAGGUGGAUCGUCAUGAUACAAUCGAUCAGCUUGUUCUCAGCAGCUCAUACUGUACGGUAUGCCAAUACGAGCUUCUGCGUCAUUCGUCGUACUCCUCUGGAGGUAUCACGAAUUCUCACUUGAUUGCUGAAUGGAUGCAAUGCCGGAUAAUUGGCCACCGUGUCCUGGACGGCACAAUACCCCCAAGGGUGAUGUUCCAUUUCCAACCCUGGGGUCCACAAUCGCUAGAAUGUGUAAGCACGAUGACAAACCCCAUUUUGUUAAGGCUGGGUCUUGAACUGCACCAGUUGGGUUGGGAUGCAGCCUCGCCGCAGUAUUCUCCACUCCUCUUUGACCUUUUGGUUCAUCUUCGAUUAGCACGCCCUCAAGAUGAAAGGGCCCCUAUUUCUUUUGCAUCGGUGGUGGCAAUGGGGAAUGUUCAAAACGUGACAAGGCCUCUUGUCUGAUCCAGCAAUCUUUUCUUGGGGUUCCUAGCCUCCGAGUGGCAUCAAUAAUGCGAUACAUUGCGAUGGAGCCAAAGGUCCAAUUGACUCGGCGUUGAGUCGGCGUUGCAUCGGCGUGGGAAUCCGGCGUCUUGGCCGAUUCUGGGCGGGGAAGAACAACCCCGGCGGGUCGGGUCGGAUCGCACGCGAUUGAUUAGACUAUAAGCAGCCUAGUAGGGCAGUAAGCUGCAGCAGGU